UCAAAUAUUGCUCUUUUGUUACUCAGCAUUGAUUGCCUAAUUCGAAGAUAACGUGGUUACGUACGUUAUUCGGCUGGUCAAACUUCAAGAAAAUGUUGAGUAGAGUAAAGUAACAUCAAGUUCUAUAAUUCGUUUGGCUUUAUCUAAACUUUUUCUCCCCAUAAUAAGCUCCGAACCCAAGUAGCAAUCGUAUAGUCGUCUAAGAUGUGGCGCUUGUGGUCAACGAUCACAAUAAGGGCGACGAUACCAAGCCCGUUUUUUAAACUGUGUGUAAUACUUAUUUGCUUGAUUCGACUGUGUAGAACAGAGGUUAUUGGUGGAUCUGUAAGAACGACCCGAACGUUAUCACAGGUGGAGAGUCCGUAUAUAGUUAAAUCCGACCUCGUUGUUGAGGAAGAUAGCAAGCUUGUGAUAGAGCCAGGCGUGGAAGUACAGUUUCAAGCAGGAGUAGGCAUAACAGUGAAAGGAACAUUGGUGGCCGAGGGUGAAAAAGAUCAACAUAUCAUAUUUACACGAACCUCAACUAGUUCAACAUCAUGGGGGAAAUUUGGUAAAAAUGUCCCUAGCUGGUCGGAAGCACGAUUAGUAGAUGGUGACUCUCCUUUCAAAGGAAGACUGCAAUUAUACUACAAAGAAAAAUGGCGAUCUGUGUGCACGAACUCAAAAAAUUGGACAGAAACAGAUCUCCAAGUGGUAUGCCAGCAGCUAGGGUAUACAGGUGGGGUCAUCUAUCACUGGUUUCACAAAAGUAAUGAUUCCAGUCAGCUGUUAUAUGAAAACCCUAAUUGUACAGGAAGUGAGUCUUCAUUAUCUGAUUGUCCACUAUGGUCUCAAAGACAACUAGGAAGUGGUGUGUGUGAUUACCAUCAGGACAUUGGUGUUCAGUGUGAACCAAACUUACAUGAUAAGUAUCGAGGACACUGGGCAGGAAUACACUUUAUACAUGCUAAAGCUGAAAAACGAAGAUUGCAUGUCUUACCAACAUACCAGUGGGUAUCUCUGUCAUCACUCAGCUAUGUUUCUGUUCUGUAUGCUGGAUGUGCAAGUGAUGGACAGGUGACAUCGGCCAUAACAGUUAUUGGAUAUCCUCCAAAACUCAGCAACCUUGAUGUUCGAUACUCUGCAUUUACAGGAUUAAACUUCACUCAGCCAGGAGAAAGCUUUGUUGUCAGUAACAGCCAGAUUUCUGAUAACCAUGGUUAUGGUGUGUAUGUCAACACAAGCAAUGGCCAAGCAACACUGCAGGGUGUAUCAAUAGAGAAUAAUGCAGCUGAUGGUGUGCGAUAUGUUUUCCAUGACAACUAUUUUCUAAGCAAAGAAAGCUUUUGCAGCUCUGUUAAAUUUGGCAAAGACCAGAUGUAUCCAUUGCAGCUCACUCACAGCCAGAGCCGUGACCUCAACUAUGUCCAGGAUUGUGAAAAGCUGUUUGAAUUAAAUCACAAGUAUGGCCAGCAACUUACUGUCCAUUUCCCUACCUUAAUGUCUGAUGAAUUACAUGAAGCAUCUGCUUCUCUGAUUGAAGUGUAUGGUGGAAGGUUUGAUGAUCCAAAACUUUUACUAGGAAGAUUUCCUGUUAUAAAUAACACACGGCUUCAAAGUUUCACUAGCACUCGAGAUAGUAUUCUUGUCCGUUACAAACCAGUGUACAACAGAAUGGUCUUCUUCACUGUGGAAGUGGUGGCAAGCUUUGGUAGGGCUCAAGACUUGGAACUAAAUGCUAGUAACAUAACCAAGAACCUAGGCAGAGGUGUGGUAGUGGAGAACAUGCGAAGUGGAGUUGUUUUGAAUCAGGCUUAUGUUGCAGAAAAUACACAUGUUGCUGGAUUACAUGUAUUAGGUGGUGCUGGUGAUGUUAUUGUGAAUAACAGUGCUGUUGUUGAUAACAUUGGAGAUGGAGUGAACAUUACUUAUAGUGGAGGCUAUCAACAUUAUAAUCUUUCUAUUAUCUCAAGAAACACUAAAACAGGAAUUGCUCUCUGGUUUAAUGAAACUUCCACAACACGUGCAUUUAAUUUCACGACACACUUCACUCAUUCUGAAAUUGUGAAUAAUGGAGAAUAUGGAAUAUUAAUUGGAAACAUUUGUAGAGCUGAUUCAUUUUGGAAUAUUAGCAUGAAUACAUUUAAACAAAAUAAUGAUGCUGCAGUUAAAUUUUUGUCUUGUUGGUUGCUUGAAGCUAAUCAUAGUUCUUCUGUUGAAAUAACAAACAAUAAAUUCUCUGACAGUAGAAAGCUGGCAGUACACAUAGCUCCAGCCUUACACCUUAAAGCUACCAUAGCUCAUAAUUAUUUCAUGAAUCAUCAGACAGGUGUUCUGUUCGUAUCCAACAGGCAUUUAGAAGGAUAUGGAGAAGUUGAAGUACUUGUGACAAUCAAGUCAAAUCUGUUCCAGCAUAACAAAGGGAUGUAUACUUCUAAUAUUGGUGUGUUUGAUGGAAGUAAAGUGCAGAAAAUCAUAUUCACCAAAAACAUCAUGCUGCAAAAUGAAAUUAGUGAACCAUUUCCUGCUCUGAAUCCUCGCUCUCGAGUAGCUGCUGUAGUAGUGGUUUCUUCAAGUAAUGUGGAUUUGUUCAGGAAUCAUUUUGAGAAUCCACUGUCACUUUACGAACUUGGGUCACACUUGGAAGCACACAAUAAAGUCAUUAACGCUUCACUGAAUUACUGGGGACAUAUUGGUAAAACUCAGGUGCAAGAACUUUAUGAUCGUAUCUUUGACCGAAAAAACCGUUACAACUUAGCAAGAAUUGAGUUUCUUCAGUUUCUGAUUUUUCAAGAUCUAAACACUGAAGAGGCUAUAUCGCAUGUUGAUGAGUCAGAAAAAAUCAUUUGGUUCAGAAACGAUAAAGUGAUUGGAGGAGAAGUAAUGGGAAAUGACGAACUCACACCUGGUACCUACCAAGUUCAUAAAGAUAUCUUCAUCAGAUCAGGUAGCCAUUUGAAAAUUCACCCAGGAGUCAAUCUACAGUUUGAUCAGUCUAUUGGAAUUAUGGUUCAGGGAAAGCUGGAUAGUGAAGGACAGGGUCUGAAAAUAAAUUUUGGAAUUAUGUCACAAAUAAAGAAAAAUUCUUUGAGCACAAAUGUACGUCUUUCAAAUAACACAGAAGGGAGAUUGGAAGUACAGCUAAACAAUCGUUGGGGUACUGUCUGUCUGCAUGGUUGGGAUAUUAAGGAUGCUGCAGUGGCAUGUCACCAGUUGGGAUUAGUCCUUCAUCCUCAAGACUGGCUUCUGGAGAAGUCACAAUUUCAGGACCAGGAAAGUUCUAGUAAUGUUAUCCUGAGCAAUGUUCAAUGCACUGAUUUAGACACUGACUUGGCAACAUGUAAGGCAGAGAGAGAUAAUGAUUUUGAAAAUUCCUGUACCAUGAUUGUUGGAAUCCGAUGUUACCAACCAUCUUGGGCUGGUAUUAGACUGGGAAUGGGUGCUGAUGAAAGUAUUAUUAAAAAUGUUGUGAUCCAAGAAGCAGGGCUAUUCGAUUAUGCCACUCACAUUUUUAAACCAGCGCUCCAGCUGGAUCUUAGUCACCAUCAACUUAGUGAUCUGGAAAUACAAGAAAACACAGAUUCGGGAAUUGGUUUCAUGUGGAAUGAUGUUUUCUACUUCAGAGGAAACCAGAAGAUCAGUAAGAGCAAGUUUACCAGAAACAGGCUUCAUGGUAUAAUAACUCAUUCUCAAGGUCUUGAUAUCAUUGAAAAUGAAUUUGCUCAUAAUGGUGGAAGUGGUAUACAUUAUGACCCAGUCCUUACAAAAAUAGAACACAUGGACCUACUCAGUUGGAUUACUACUAGCAGUUCACACAUAGUUCUGCCACGAGAUGCAACAAGCUAUUACAGACUUUCACAGAAUUCUGGAAAAUAUGUUUUCUUUGAAGAUGGUCUGAUCUCCAAAAGACCUACUGAUAUUGAAUUUAAAAUAUUCACAGAUUCUGGCAUGAGAAUAGGAAUAAUGAUUCUUAAACCAUUUAGCAAAGAAUCUACAGAACAAAUGACAGUGUAUGGGGCUUUAGAAGUUCGAGAAGAUGUUCCAGUAUGGGAUCUCAGAAACAAUCUUACCUCCUUUCCACUCAAAAGUCCAGGAUCAGCUAUUCUAGUUAAGUACAGAAGGGGAAAUAAACCAGUUGGAGAUGCCAUCUUGUAUAUUGCAUCAGUUGAAGAUGAAUCACAUUAUGUUAUGCUGAUACUUACUUGGAAAGGAAGAUUCCUACUAUUAAUAUUGAAAAAAAAUGUGAUUAACAGUUGUAAGCAUGGCAUUUCAAGUAAUCAUUACAACCGUGAUGAAAGUGAAAUUGGGGAUCGUUUCCAUCGAUACAAUAAUGAGACUAUUUUAAUAGUAGAAAACAAUAUUUUUAGGAAUAAGAAAGAAGCUAUUCUGGUUUCUACCCCAUUUUGGGAUCAUUUAGUAUCCAACCUUGCAGAGAUCAACUACACUUUGGUUUACAACACAAUUAGAGACAAUGGCAAAGGCAUUCUUCAGUAUAGCCGUGACAUCAGGAACUCUAAUAAUCUCUUUCACUGGAAACUAAUGCACUUACUCUUGAAGAAGAACCACAAAGGAGGUUUGAAUAUUCGAUUCCCAUAUGUGUGGCAUUACAAUGAAAAUUACACCCACACUUUGAUUGUUCAUAACUCAUCAUUUAUUGAGAAUGAUAAUUUUGAAUUCAGGAUUGAUGGACAUUUUGCUCGAAUUAAGGCAACUAAAAAUAUCUUCAUGAACAAUACUUGUAAAUAUGGAUUGAUUCAUAUAUCAGGAAUGGAGAAAGAAAUGCUAAUUCAGGAAAACAAACUAAAAGACAAUACUGGGAGAUAUAUUGUAGAAUUUGAUCUUUUUAGCCAUGCAGACCGGUUUGGUAUAGUGAGUGCCAAUUUCAAGAAUAAUAUUUUAAAAAAUAAUAAAUAUGGCCAUGAUAGUCUAAGGACAGAAAGCUAUAAUCCAACUAGUUAUGCUCUGGGCAUUCGAGGAGUUCAGCAGAUUAACAUCACACGAAAUCUGUUCUCCAAUCCUAUUAUGCAUUUUGAAUUCCUUGCAGGGGUCUUGACUGGUUCACUUCAUAACCAGAUCAAUGUGGCUGAGAACUGGUGGGGAACACUAAAUGUGACAGAAAUUCAGAAACGAAUCUUUGACUUUGAUGAUUGGAACAGCUAUGCUGUGGCAGAAUUUAGUCCCUACCUGGGACAGGAUAAUAUGGCAUCAGGAGUAGUGAGGGCUGAAGUGCACAACAACCCAGUUGAUGUAGACAGUCCACUUGGAGGUAGAAUCUAUAAGACUUUGAUCCUUCCUUAUCGUAAGACUCCUUAUUCAGUUAAAUCAGAUUUGACAAUUCUUCCCAAUGCUAAAUUGAUCAUUGAGCCAGGAGUUCAGUUGAUGUUCUACCCUAGUGUUGGUAUCCUGGUUCUUGGAGACCUUGAAGCUAAAGGAACAGCAAGCUAUCCCAUUAAAAUGAUGCCAGCCAGAACAGUUAAUUCUACCCAUAGAUUUCGAAGAGAACCCAGUAAAGCAGGAAUUAGACUGUGUGUCACACCUAAGUGUGAAGAGGCCAAAAAAUAUGGAUUUCUUGAGGUUUUCAACAGUACAACACUGCAGUGGGUACCUGUCUGUGAUCCUUGUUUUACUGAGCGAAAUGCAGAAGUGAUUUGCCAUGAGUUGGGUUAUGUAAGACAUAGUGCUUAUUUUAAACAAAGUCAUAGGUAUGAUCUUGGAACAACAACUUUAAGUAGGGUUAGGUUCUGGCCUCAUCCGUUAGAGUGCACUGGUAAAGAAGACAGAUUGUCUGAUUGCGAGUAUCGACUGAACGGAUAUGGUGAACAUAACUACAGCUGUUCAUAUGAAGGAAACCAUGUGUUUGUUUAUUGUGGAGAAGACAACUUGGAUAGAACUGAGGAGCACUGGGGUGGGAUAAGAUUUUCUGUUCCAAAUUUUGAGCGACAACGUAGAAAGAUGUUUGUUUCUUCUCGGACGUUAGAUGGAUCAUCUUCAUCUUGGAUAGAGUAUGUCACCAUUCAGGGAGCUGGAAUUUUGCAUGGAGAAAAAAAUGGAGCACUUCAACUUGUUCAACGAAGCAUUAAUCUUCACAGGGUUACCAUCACAAACAGUGCCUCCCAUGCAAUAGAAGUUUUGGCAUCUCCUGGGAACCUUUUUUUCAACAAACUUUUGAUAAAGAAUAACUUUGGUUUUGGAAUAAGUUACUCUUCUAUUCUGGGAGAAUCAUCUGAUUCUUCUUUUCUUUCAUAUCACCCUCUCAAGGAAGCUGGAAUUCCCUAUUCUGUAUUUGGUUUUGUUGAUAUGUGUGAUGCUAACAAAAGACUGAUGGUAGAGGAGAAAUUGUUACUUUAUUACAAGUAUGACAACAUGCCUGUUGAUUGUGUGAAGAUUUUUUCAAGCGCACACAGUGCAAAACCAGUUGGGUUUCGACUUCUACAGCUUAAUCUCUUUGAUGCUACUAGUUUUUCUGCCCAACCUGACGUUCUGCGUUUAUUUGAUGGAGACAUCUUUAACUCUUCUGCUUUUAAACUAGGAGAGAUCAAGACAAAUAAUGGAAACACCAAGCACACUGGAGACACACUGUUCUAUAGAUCAACUGGAAAUACUCUCAGUAUUCAACUUCAUGCAAGUGGAGGAAGUCAGGUGUAUGGAUUCAUAGCUGAAGUUGUAACACUUCCUAUUACAUAUUACAUUGCCCGAGGUUUGCAACACAACGUAACAAAUUCAGUAUUGUCCAAUAACCAACAGGGUGCUAUCAGAUAUCUGAGUGCAGGGGAAAGCACUCCUCAUAUCACCUUUAGCUAUAACCGUAUGGAAUACAAUGGAAGACAACUCUUUGAAAACGUAACUACAUCAGAAGGUGCUGUUGUGUUAAACCUUGAGAACACCCCAUACUUGGACUUCCAUAAUAAUCUGGUGCUACAGAAUCAGGGUGGAUUCAUCAUAGAAGUGGAUGCAAAGCAAGCAGUGGCUUCUCUAAGUGGCCUGAUCACUAACAACCUCUUUGUUGAGAACAAAAAUCAAGAGGCAUUCUUGGCUAGGGGGCGUGACAGUGGAUCUUAUCAAGUGGUUGAAGUGACUCGCAACUAUUUCACCAGGAACUUUGCCUUGUAUAAGGAUAACAUUGUAUUGGAUCAGGUCAGGGCUAAUUUUAGCUUAAACUUAGUUGUUAAUAACAAAGGGCUUCAUCAGUUACGAAUGGUUGGCUCAAAGAAUGUCAGAGUCUCUCAACAAGUUUGUCAACAGAAUUGGUUGUGGAAUAACAUGGCUUUAAUGAACUUGGAUCGCAGCACAAUUGUGGCAGGCAGUGCUGGUCAGCUAUACAGAUACAAUUACUUAGAGAAUCCUGAUAGUGACUUUGAAUUAUCAUCAACUAACAGAACACUUGCAUUGGAAAUGAGAGAGAAUCCAAUCAGAGCAGCAGAAAAUUGGUGGGGUUUUAAUACUACAAGUGCUGUUGCUGGACGAAUUAAAGAUUUUCAAGAUAAUCCAGAACUUCUAGAAGUCUUGUUUCUGCCAUAUUAUACAGACAAUUCAUCUGUUCUUAGUGAGAAAUGUGCCGGGGGAUGGCACAGGAUUGGAGAUACGUGUUUUCUUUAUAUUGGAGGGAUUCUCACCUAUGGUGAAGCCAGGAAGUUUUGCCAAAUGGACAAUGCCUCCAUGCCCUUUAUAAAACAACAUCACAAAGAAAUAAUGUAUUUUAUGAGCAAACAGCAAGAAUAUUUCAACUGGGACUCUCACAUGGUCUGGGUGCAAUCAAUUGACAUUCCUCUGGAUAAAUGUGCUGUACUAUACAAGGGCAAAGUCCAGCAACAUCGUUGUGAUGACUCUUUGCCAUUUUUAUGUGAGAAAGAUCCUGAAAUAACAGUAUCCAUACAUUACUGGUAUCAGAACCCUGUGGGAAGUGCUGCCUUAGGAGUUAGUGCUGGAGCCAUCUUGUUCAUAAGCUUGUGUAUCGGCUUUUGGGUUUGUAAAUCCCGCCAUCGUCAACGAGAAAAACUGGAAAGAAGAAACUCCAUCAGAGCAUCAAAUCGAGCUCUUUCUGCAACAGAUUUUGGUGAGCUUGGUUUUAGACGUCGCUUGGAACAUAUUGAAAAACCAAUGCCUGUGAAAUUUGAGCAUUUCAAUGGUAGUAUAGAUUCUGUUGAUAAAACACCUCAUUACAGCUGUUCAUUUGAUGACACGCACAGUGACAUCACAGAGACCAAAAAUCCAACUCUUGACUUCCCAGCAUAUGAGGAUCAUUAUACAAGUAAUUUGCAAAUGGAGAAUGAAACUGUAAAUAACAUGGCUCAACAAUCAUUUGAUAUGGCAUAUGAAAACCAAGGAUUCCGAGAACAUUCUUUAUCCCAAAUUUCCCAUAAUGGGUCACAUGAAUGGAGCACUGGAACAGAUUCUACGUUAGACAUGAAACGGUCAUUAGAAAUGUCUCGAGAUGUCAAUAGUAAAGAACCAAAGUUUCAAAAUACACCCUCCCCUCGAUCAUCACUAGGUUCCUACUGCAAUAGCUUUAGUAGUAAACAGCUGCUAGAAACAGCUAUGUGAUGCUUUCAAGACUUAGCAGAAACUUCUGAUUUUUCAUGUUCUUUUCCAUUGGAUGUUGAAUUUUACAUUGCUGAUUGUGGUAGCCAAAGAAGUUAUUAUUUGGUAGAGCCAGUCCAAUGCUACAGUGGUCUUUAUGUACUAUAACAGUUUUUAUGUGGAAUUACAUUAACACUGCCUUGGACACACUGGAUUACUUGUGCUAAGAAGUGAUUUAUAUUUGCAUAAAAGACUAGUUACCACAAGGGAAUAGAGAUAUUCAAGACAACAGAAACUAAUAUUGUUUAUAUCCUUUAAAAAACUUUUGGAUAUUUACUUUGACUUGUUUUUCACAUCCCAUUUGCUUACCAGUGAUUUUGUGCAAUCUCUAACCUGAAAAUUAAUUUGCUGAAAUAAUUUUACAUAGAGUUUAAGAGCAAAACCAUUAUAAAAAUGAAAGUUCUAAAUAAAAUUAUAUUUCAAGUUAAAACUAGCAAAAACAACAUUCUGUUUCUGUUGAUGUAAUUUUUUGCCUUCAACUGUUACUUUGUCUUUAGGGCUAGAUGAAGAUAUUAUCAAUAACUUAGUCACUUUAUCAUUUCUGAUAUUUCAUUAUUCCCAUUUGUUUAUGUCCAUUUUUACAUUCAAACUUUUUUGAAUUUUAGAAAGUAAAUGAAGUAGAGUGAUUUUGGAUCAAUUAUUUUAAUUUUGUUCAUCAUAUAAAGGCCAACACUGACAGAUUGUGAGAAAGAAAAUUUUCCAUUUCAAAAUAAAAAACAAUUCAUUUCACAAAAUGAUGCAAGUUCUUUAUUACAAUUCAGCAUUUUGAGUAUUAUUUGAAAUCACACUUCACUUGACUAUUGUUUCAUGCUGGUGUAAUGUUUUUUAAGGUUAUAUGUACAUAUUUUUAUUGUUAUUUUUUAGGAAAAAUACUUGUGAUUUUUAAAAAUUGAAGUAUGUGUUUUGUUUCAUUCCAAGGCUAUUUGUAAUAGAUGUAACAUUAUUAAGAGAAUUUCAGGUCAUCUAAACACUAUUUCUGCACAAGGUAAAAUCACUAGACUUAUAAAAUUCUUUAUAACUGAAUAAAAUGGAGAUAAUUCCACAUUGUUGUAUAUUAGAAUGUGUUAAUUAGGUAACAUGUGAAUUUUAGUAAAAGCUGAUUUCCAAAACAUACAUACCUCUACUCACACUUAUAGCUAUUACUAGAUCUCCAGGGUUUCAUCUUUCCUCAUCUAAGCAUUGGUCCGAUUGUUUCUCACUUGCUUCAGUCUUUUAUAACCGACUCGCCCUUGUGAUAUAUGUCUCGUGAUACUCUUCACCUAUGUCAAUGUGCCUUCCAUCCUGACACUGUAUAUAAACACCUCAUUCAGAUAAUUUUAUCACUUUUUCUCGACAAAGCAUCACUAAAGAGUUCCCAAUGUUAUGAUUGUUUGGAGAUACUUUGAACAUUAUCAUGUUAUCUUGUUGAUUUCGUAGCAAUAAUAAUAAUAAUUUGUGGUGAGAUGGAGACAUAUAUUCGUAUCUGUCACGGUCCUCCAGGGGGCUCUGAGGCUGCAUUUCAGGGUUAUUCAUCGACAUUUUGGAGAGAUUUGAGAUUCGCGUUUUCCUAUUCCUUCUGUUAGUUUGUUGAAUUUUCAGCCCCCCUGUGGUUCAGUGAUAAGCUUAAAGUGGUUACAAAAUCGGUCAAAUCUACCGAACCCGUACAGAUAAAAUAUAAAGUUUUUUCUUAAGAAACAUUUGAUAACU